AUGCGUAAAUGGAAGGGUGUGACAUGCAGCUCUCACUCGACUUCGAUAACAGAAAUCAGGCUUGAAAAUCUGAAUCUUAGUGGCAUACUUGAUGCAGAUUCACUAUGUAAGCUCCCAGUUGUUAAUUUAGCAAGAAACCAAAUUGGGGGAACUAUUUCUAAAUCAAUAUUGCAUUGCACAAGGCUAACCUAUUUGAAUCUAAGCAGCAAUAUUCUGAGUGGGAGGAUACCUAAGGCUCUGACUAAACUGAGAUAUUUGAGGAGAUUGGACGUCUCUAACAAUCAUUUUACCAGCACUGCCUCACGCUUUGAACAGGGAUUUCAGCCGGUUCAUACAUACGUGAAGAAAUCGAGGAUAUUACAAAGAUAUGGUGCCCAGAAGCAGGAAAAGGUAGUAGAUUCGAUGGCCAUAGUGACAGAGUCCGAGAGCCCGAAUGGUGGCAGUGACAGUGUUCCACGUCCCUCUACACCAUGGUACAAGAGAUACAAAUGCAUGGUACCAUUAGUUGUGGGGCUUGGCUUCUUUCUCUUAUUCAUGUACUUUGUAGGAAGGCAGGCUGCUAAGUUAGCUGAAGACAGGGAGAUUCUGAAGUCGCUUUGA